CAUCUGGAAAAAAUGUUCUUCCUUAUUUCCGAUCUAAAUCUCCCCUCUUUUAGUUUGAAACCACUUCCUCUUGUCCUGUCACAACAGAUACUGCAAAACAUGUCUGUCCCUACUGUUUCCUCCACCCAUCUGUGCCAUAGAAGCUGAGAAAAGAAGACAAUGGCAUUUGGUGGCCUUUGGUGGUCUUUCAAUCUGCCAUUCUUCUUUUUGGGCACUGUGGGGCAUCAGGGUGAAUGUAGGCACAGCCCUGAGUAGUUAGAAACAGUGCCACUUCCCCAUCCCACACCUGAACAUGCUGAACGUGCAUCCCCAACACAGCUUCUUGGAGGAGAAGUGUGAAAGCUCUGCUGAAAUCAAAAGGAACUAAGAGCAAUAGCAAGAAAUUCUUGGUAGAACCAAUAUUUAUUUGUUUUUUUGUUUGUUUUUGAGAGCUGAUGUGUCUUGCAGAACCCCAGUGUGAUUUAUUUUUAAUGCCGCAUGUUUAGCCCUCCUUCACCUUUCCUACAGCUCAGCUUGAGCACUGCUGAAUUGCAUGUGUGGUGUUUACCUCAUUGGUUUUCUGCUUCCCACCAUACACAGCAUAUGUUCUUAUUUAUAACUCAAGCCAGGCACGGUAGCUCAAGCAACUUGUUGAACACACUUGUUGCUAAAGUGCAGCUCUUGCUAUCACAGCUUCUCCCCUCUCUUAUCAGGAUCAAACUCGAUGCAACGUGCACAGCCUCGUUGGGUAGCUCAGUACAACCUAGAAGGGGUGAAGUGACUGACAAACUGCAGCUUUGCUGCUGUUGAGUUCGUGGGAGUUGAGCUGUCUUUUUGCCAGUUGCUAGGCUGGAGACCUGGCACUCAUCUCAGCCAAGAGCGCAGCACUCAUUGUGUGGGCAUUGCUUCCUUUGUCACCAUUGGCUUGGUGUCUAAGAAAAAGCCUUUGUGCUUCUUCUUACAUUUGGGCUAACUUAGGUUGCCUGAGUUUGUUUGUCCCUUGCACAGUGCCCAUGUUUCCUCUGUACAGGCUUCCUCCUGCCUGGUCUCUUUUCUAGGAGGGGUGGAAGGCAUGUGCAUGGCUGCUUGUGUUGAAACCUGUUAGCUGGAGGGAGGGCUUGGCCACAACAGCCUUUAACAGGCUCUCCUGCUGUGUUUUCAGCCAAGUCGUUGAUGUGGGCUUGAUUAUUCAGUGAAUGAAUGCAUUUCCAUUUUGAUUAUGCGCUUGAGAAAGUACAAUAAGUUCAUUUAACGAAUCUUCCAGAUCAUCUGUAAGAAAAAAAGCUGCUCUAAACCUUCUGAUCAUUAUGUUAUUGAAGUAUCUAUUCUGUGCAAGGGGGAGAAGGUGGCACCGUUCCUGUCCCCCACAUGGGAGAUGUGAAUGACCAAGAGGCAAAUAACCUGUCUGGUGAGGCCUGGCAUGGCUUGAACAACCUAUGAAGUGCCGUGGGUUUGCUGUAGAGAGGCUAUUUCAAAAGACAUUUGCAUGGCUGUGGAAGCAACUCUAUUUACUGACUCAUCAGCUGUGAGGGAACUGUGCCGCAUUUUCAUCAGAUAACAAGGAACUGAAAGUAGCCAUUACCAGCAGCCCAUGGAAAGCACAGUGCGAGGAGGUGAGCAGGACAAGGCAGCUCUGGGCUUGUUACACUGGACAGAAGUGACCCCACGUCUGUGGGUCUGUGACCCACAUGCGAACAGCAGCUGCUCGAAGGCAGAAGUGAGAGCAGGGGGAAGAUGACGAGGUAACUCAGCCCCAGUUCAGGUUUCACCAGCAGCCAUUUGUCCCCAGAGUUCAACCUAGAAUAUGUUGUUCCCUUUCAGAUGACACUUCUGCUGCUGGCUCCGCACUUUCAGGUCUCUGCUCCUGCUGCAAGGUUUGGCCAUGGUGCAGGACCAGGCUCUUAGUCCAAGGUCUGAGAGCUGGUGCCCACCCUGACCCUCUCCUCCUGCUGUUUCACAGGCUUUGCUUCUUGGCCCUCCUUGUGCAGCAGAAAGAUAGGAAAAUCUGCUGUUCUGGCAGCAGCAGUGAAGUGUGGACAUUGACAGAGGCUGCUGGAGAUACUGCUCUUUUUAAAAUAAAACCAAACACGAGUUUCUUUUAUCUGCCACUCAGAACUGCAGCUUUUCUACAUAAGAGGACUGAAACUUCUCCCCACUGAACCACUUUCUCACAUUGCCAUCUCAUUUCGGCCCCAGGGGCGAUCAGAACGUGAAGCUGGAGUUGCGGGGGCUGGCAGAAGAGCUCAGUGUUCCUCCCCGAGGUGUCUGCAGAAUGCAGCUCCCCAGCCAACUGGCUGCCCACAGAUGGGUAUUUCCCAGAAAAGGUGAUCUCAGUGCCCCCCCCUCCCCGACAGCCUCCCCACUGUGCCUUGUGCAGAGGCAUCUUCUCAGUGCUGUGGUUGAGAGGGGACCACAGGAGGGCUUGUGCGGGUGGAUAGCGCAGAGCUGAGCCCUGCUGGAGGCAGCUUCUGCAGCACCGCUGUCAGGGUUGAGGCUGCUGACAUUGCAACAGGCACAUUCUGCCUCCAUUGCCCCCAAACGUGGCUGCUGGAGUGAAGCUUCCUGCUGCACUGAGCAUAAAUUCGUCAGGAAUUCCAUUUCCUAAGGGGGGAAAAAAAGAGAAGCUUUUCACUUAGAAAUAAAGCAUAGAGCCAUUUUCCCUCAGACACGGUGAGUGCAAUUACCUGAGGCAUGGAGGGCUGAGAUAACUAGCUCAAUCAGCUCCCUCUCUCCACUGAGACCAUCAUCAUUAUGUCAGAAAAGGCUUUAAGAAGCAAUUCACAUCCCGAAUGCAGAGUCUCCACAUACUGGACCCGGCCUUGUGAUUUCCAUGCAGCAGCUGUAGCAUCACAAGCAAAACUGUCUUUCAGACAGUGCAGUGCUCAUUAUUUUGAGGGCCUUACCCACCACACAAGCUCCCUGUGUUUGCAGUCCCUUUUCCCCAGAGCUGCUUUUGUCUCCUCGUCCUUUAGGAUCAAAGCUUAUUGGCAUCCUAUUUGGAAAGCUCAAUUAACUGCAGCCAUAAGCCUGUGCUUGUCCCCAAAUAUAAUCACGUUUAGGCUGCGCCCUAUGCCCCCACCUCCUCCAUUAUCUAAUGGGCAGUGGAGUAAUGGCUUUCGGUAAUGCUGUUUGAAUGGCAGCAGUUCAGUUCUGGGCUUAAUUUUUUUUGCAUGGUGGAUUGGCAGGGGGAGAAAGGGCCAGUUUGGAUUGCCAGCAAUCCCUAUUUUGCUUUUGGAGCUUUAGGGGACGGACAUGUUCUUCCAUCUCCGCUAAUCUCCCUCUGAUAUCGAGGAUUUUCCUGCCAUUAAAUGAUAGCUUGUGAGAAAAAAAAAAUAAAUAAAAAAUGCCAGCUUCCCAGAGGCAGAAUGCAGCUAAUGGCAUCCCUGUGAGCAGGAGGGAGAGCACAGCCACUGCCCAGCCAGGUAAGCCAUGUCUCUAGUUGCUUUCUGUUGGGAAUUGUAGCUUUGGCUGCUCAGUGUGAUGCCAGCGCCUGUUGCCUGGGAAGGUGACCAGUCCCUGACCAUUGGUCAUCUCUCCCCACCUCAGCCAGGAGCACAGCACCGUCAGCACCGCUGGAGGGAACGAAAACCUGCAGGGUUGGCUGAGAAGGCGGAUGGUGGAAGGAAGGCACCCGGCAGGGACGUGUGGAGUUCUGGGGACCAUCAGAAACCACGCACAAGAGGAUCCUGUUCCUCAGUCUUCUUUGUAAAUAUAGACCUGGCAAUGGGAAAAUGAUGCAGGCAAACAAGAGGGUGAAACCUGUCUCUGCUCUUCCUGUGUGCUUUUAGAUCCCCCAAGUUUGCUUGGCAGACCUGAAAUGCCACUAGUGAAUAAUCAAGGUAAUGUUUGUCGUCAUUUUAAAUGGUGAGUAGCACUCUUAUUCUGCAUUACCCAGUAGUGAGUUGAACGGAUUGUUCUGUAGGUUAGAUAUGGAAUUAUUGCAAGCAUUGCAUCUUCACCCUUCUAAAAUCUCUGGCAAACACUUUUCCCAUCUCUCAUUCUUACAAAUUAUAGUAAAGCAAAAGGGAUCAUCCCUGCAUGGAAUUUUUCUAUUCCUUAAUCUUGCUAAUAUUUGUUACAUUUAUGCUGAAUUAAGGUAACCAUCCUUCGCUCUGACAGUGCUAAAAGCCAACAGCAUCCAUUGUGGGGGGGAGGGAAGGAAGGACUAAGGAUGGCAAGGUGGGAUGUUUCAUGCUGUGUUGGUGAGAGGAGAUCUGACUGCUGGGGGUGAGACUGCGUUCCUGUGAUCGCAGGAGGGGGGAUUUGGGAACACUUCCUUUGCAUGAGAAAGAAGGAGAAUGCAACAAAGGUGCUGAGGGGCUCCUCUGAACUCCUGUUGCCUGGGGGAUGUUUUCCAAUUGGCUGCUCCUCAAGCAUUUGCUUUCAGUGUACUGCGCAGCACAGAGUUACAUUUGUAGAUCUUUCUUAGAUGUGUGCUGUGAAAUGCCACUAGCAGAAGACAUAAAUUUGGCUCUAAAAAACUUUGUGCCUAAGGAGAACAUGCAGGAAGAUGGCUUGGGUGCAGACAUCUCCUUUAAUCAAGAGAUCAGAGAGCAGGCAGGGAGGGAAAGGAGGGGAUUUUGCUCAUUUCUACACAGCACACAGUGCACACAGCUGCUGGGGGAGGUUUGCUCCAAAGGCCAUGGAUGGGACCAAGGUUGGAGUAGAUGUAGCUGAAUGCUGAGCUUGCUUGGGACAGUCUCACAUAUGGGGCAACCUAUGCACAUAUGUCCCCGUGGAUGUCAUCCUGAACCCAUGCAAGGCACUUGUUCCAGCAACAGUACUUCCAUCAGCUGUUUCCAGACAGCCACCUGCAGCCAAACAUUUGGAAACAGGCAAAUCCUUAAUCUGGCUGAACCUCAGUUUAUGUAACAGCAUCAAAAAAAUAACAUGCCCCUGUUUGCACACAGUGAUGAGGGGAGCAAAAGAAACAGCUCCUGUGCAAAGACAGAGCCAACUGAGGCCAGUGCCUUGUCCCCGCGUUUGUCCCUUGGAUCCUCAUCCAUUGCCUACCCAAUGCCCUGCUAAAGUCAGUAGAAGGGUUUAGGAAAAAGGGGGAAGAGAAUAUGAAGAAAUGUCAGAUUGCAUAGAAUCUUUCCUACCUUUCCAAGCUCUUCCCUGUUUCUUUUUGAAUGCCUGUUUUGCUAAUUCUCCAGUCAGCAUAGCAUGGCCAGGCUUGGUGGGAACUCAUUCCAACAGAAGCCAGAGACGAAGUCCUUCUGGGGUGCACCCUCCAUUUACCUCAAUCUGCCUUCUAGGCCAGUGACCAAUGGACAGUUUGGGCUGACCCGGGUGGAGAGGCUGCUGGGUUGGUGCCAAUGGGCACCUGCUCCUAGUCGAAGAAACUUCAGGCACUGCAAACAAUACCAUGUGUGUUGCUUUUCAAAAGGAUGAAGGGCAGAGCAAUUGUUGCUCACACUGCCGUUUGAUCUGUGCAGUGAAACCUUGGGUACUGUGAAGACAAAUGGAUGCUUGCUGAAAGUGAUCCUUCCUUGCACAGCACCUCACGAAUGUCUCUUAAUCAGGAACACAGCUUAAUAAGGAACAAACAAUACAGCUGUAGUGGGCCAUCACUGUACUGCAUGGUAGCAGGGAGAGGUGGUCCAGCUGCUGGGAGCCUCCCUCAGACAGUGAGACAGAGAAUGGGGAGAAGCCCCUUCCUUGCCCUUUGGCCCCUGGGACUAGCCAGGCACAUUUCAGUGCUCAUGUGGUCCCUACAAUGCUGUUAAUAAGGACGGUUAAUGGAAAGGAUGAUAUUAUUUCCUGUGGAAAAAAAAAUAUGAAAGGAUUUCACUUCUGUGAGGGGCAAUGAACAGCAGCAGGAAAAACACCAUUUGGGUGAGAAGCAGGUAAGAUGUGUCUUUGAGAGAGGUUACAAAGUCAGAUCUGUAGUAUUCAGUUCUGGCUCUAAUGAGUUUGUUGUUUAGUCAUCUUGCUGCUAGGAGUUUCUUUCCACAAGAAGUUCCAGCCUAUGCUGGAACUCGUUCCCUUCAUUCUUCUCUGAUUUAUCCCCAACAGCUUUUACCUUCUUGGACAUUCACCUGCUUGGGACUAACUUGACAAGAAACCACACAUCACUCAGGUGGCAAACUGAUAAAAUGACUGGAAGUGUCUCCUCCCACCAAACCCAUGACACUAUGGUGACUGUCUUAAGAAUUGGCAAAACCACUCCCCUGGUGCAACUUGAGGCCAUUCCCUCUCGUUCCAUCUCUAGUUACAUGGGAGAAGAGGUCGACCUUCAUCUCACCACAACCUCCUUUCAGGUGGCUGUAGAGAGCGAUAAGGUCUCUCUCUCGAGCUUCCUCUUCUCCAAUGGAAGAUGGAACAAUCCCAGUUCCCUCAGCUACUCCCCAUAAGGUUUAUUCUCCAGACCAUUCACAGCUUCAUUGCCAGAGCUGCAAUGUCAUUCCUGCAGUGAGGGUCCCACAGUUACUGUCCUUCAAAGCACCUCUGCAGGCCCUGCAGCCAAGCUCUAUCCCCACCAGCUUGCAAAUCAUGGGAAUGCUGAGUCCAUGUGGCCCAACCCUCAUUCCAGCAGUGACAUUCAGAUCAGGGUGGCCAGGACCAUGUCCAUGUGGCUUCUGAAGUUCUCUAUGAAGACUUCACAGCCUUUGUGGGCAACCUGCUCCAAUCAGGCUGGAUGAUAUCCCCUCUUAGGGAAAGAAAUUCCACAGAAAGGAUGCAGUAGGAAACUCACGCUUUCCCAGAGGGUCUAUAAACACCAUCAGAUUCCUAGGAGUUAUUCAUAAGGGCUUCUUAGCACAGGCAUACAAAUACCGUGUGACAAUUAGCCUUCCUAGAAGGGAGGCAGAGGCAGCAUAAUAUUUCUUCUUGUGUCAUAACUAAUAUGUUUGCUAAUGUCUCCUUUUUUUCUCUUCUCACACCUUUAUGGGGUCGGCACAAUCCUUGCUGUCAGUGAUCCUUUGGGUGCCCCAUGUCCACGCGGUGUGGGCCUGCGUGCGGUCCUGCCCUGCCAACUGUGUGUGCACCCAGGAGCGGAGCUGCUCUGUCCUCUGCGACCGUGCUGGCCUGGGGCAGAUCCCCAGUGAAUUCCCUUGUGAAGCUUCCUCUAUUAACCUGGACAAAAACAGCAUCAAAUUCCUCUCUGAGAGGGCCUUCGGUACUUUGCCUUCCCUUAAAUCCCUGUCCCUCAACCACAACAAUAUUUCCUUCAUCACUCCGGGGGCUUUCAAAGGGCUGCCCAGCCUGACAGAGCUGAAGAUGGCCCACAACGAAUACAUCCGCUACCUGCACACACGGACAUUCACUGCUCUCCGGCGGCUGGUCAAGUUGGACCUGGCGGACUGCAACCUUUUCAACAUCCCAGACAGGAUCUUCAUUGAGCUGCCCUCUCUGCAGGAGCUUUUCUGCUUCCAGAACAACUUCCGAAGGAUCCCUGGUGCCAUCAGGGGCAUGGAGAAUCUGACCCAUGUCUACCUGGAAAGAAACAGGAUUGAAGCGGUAGCCUACAACUCCCUACAGGGCCUGACCAAGCUGAAAUACCUGAAUCUGCAAGACAACAGGAUAAAUGUUGUUCAUGAGCGAGCUUUUCAGGGCUGCCGAAAGAUGGAGUACCUGUACCUGAAUGACAAUUUGAUCAGCGAGCUUCCGGAAAAUUCCUUUGAUGGCCUGAGGUGCCUGAAAAUGCUCAACCUAGGGGGGAAUUUCCUCAGGAACGUUUCCAACACUUGGUUCAGGGACCUGGUGGAGUUGGAGGUCCUCUAUCUGGACCGCAACAGGAUCAACUACAUUGAGGAGGGGGCUUUUGAGAACCUCACCAGCCUGGUCUCCUUGCACUUGAACAGCAACAACCUGACGACCCUGCCCUUCUCUGUCUUCCAGCCUGUGUACUUCCUGGGACGGCUGUACCUCUUCCGCAACCCCUGGGAGUGCGACUGCCGCAUUGAAUGGCUGAAGGAGUGGAUGGAGAACUACAGACUCGUCAGGGACAUUCCCUGUGCCUCCCCAUCCUCUGUAGCUGGGAUUGACCUAAUGGACGUGCUCUAUGAUAGAUCACCAGAAGGUUACUGUCUUGACCCUGUGGAGCUAAAUGUCACAUCUGACAGCCCGACCCCAAGUGGCGAGCCUUUCUCUACCACAGAGAGCAGGUUCAACAGCCUUAUUUCUAAACUCUUGCUUCAGAUGGGUCUUCCUGAAGAGGUGGUGAACACUACUGAAGUCUUCAGUAAUGCUACGCAACUGGAUGGACUCACCGAUGGGGUUACUUCUGGCACACGGGAAGAGAGGAGCAAAACCAUCUCCCUCUCUUUCCACCUCCCAGCACUUCUUACAGUGGUUAUUUUCCAGAGCAAGUAGUGCAAAAGCUGCUUGAAUCAUGCGUCCUGAUGGAGCUUUUAGUCUUUGUCCCUUCUUUGCAUGGGCACUGCCCAGGGUUGCUAUAAAACAUUGCCAGCCCUUUUAAACAGGAGGGUGGUACCUAUGGAGGGUCUGGGGUGAACAUGGUGUUUUGGGUUUGAUGUCAGAUAGGGAUUUUGUUCUUCUACCUGCUGUCCUGACACAUCUGGUUGGAAAACCAGAGAUACCCAUUUUUGUCAAAACAGUCUUCCCCGAGGAAAAGCUUUCAACACAACAGUUCACUCCUCAGUGUUUGUUUCAAGUGUUCAAUUCAUUUUUCAAUGAAUAUAUUGUUUCAAGGAAUAUACUGUUUUUAUUUAUUGGUUAUUUCAUGUCCUGAUAGCAGGAGCGGAAUAUGGCAAUGACAAAUGUAGACAGGCUGUAUUGUACUGUUUUAUAUUUCUAUCAGUCAUUAAUAUUUAUCACACAAUACUUACCAUACAUGACAUCAUAUUGUGGUAUACAUGUUCAUAUAAAAUGUUAGGACAUAUAUAAUCCCUUAUUACUACUAAAAUGUCACAAAAUUAGAAUAAAAAUGGAAAUGCAUUUAAACUACCCUUUCUAACAUUUCCCUAAACCUUUGUUUUCUCCACCCUUGCUUUUUCACAAACAGUUCAGUGUAAACAUGAACUCCAGAGACCAUCAAAUCACAGAAUGGUUUGAGCUGGAAGGGACCUCAAAGCCCAACCAGCCCAACCCCUGCCAUAGGCAGGGCUGCCCCCCACCAGCUCAGGCUGCCCAGGGCCCCAUCCAACAUAGCCUUGAGAUGUUGAAGAUAUCCAUGGUCUGGUAGCUCUGGACAUAGCCAUUUCUGACACACAACUGGUUUUGUUCACCUGCAGAAAUUAAGGGUCAGUGCUACUGUAUGGUUGGACAGGGAUCCUGUGGAUACCAUGGAACACAAGAUUUGUAGAUGAGAGCCUGGUGUGAGGUGGCACAUCCAUUAGCUCCCCAUCCUUCCCCUUCCCCAUAUCACCGUCCAGUGGCCACUCAAAAACAGAAGCAAAGGACAGGACAAUAGACUUGGGCCUUUGAACAGUAUUGGGUGACAUAGAAGUUUCAUGCAAGAAACUUCUUGCAAAAGAGUUCAAUGCUUUGAAUCAUAGCAUCAUAGAAUAUCCCAAGUUGGAAGGGACAUGUAAGGAUCACUGAAUACAUAAGGAGCACCAGAAAAGAUACGUUGGGCCAGGUCUGGCCAGCCUGGAGCAGCUGUGACCAGGAGCUGGUCCCUUGGUCUCAAACAGUGCCAGCACUUGAGCAUGCCAAGGGAACAACCCGCAAAGUGUCCCACAGACUUUGUAGCAAACUUCUGUGGUGAAAGCUGACACGAACUCACACAAAAUAACUAUGCACUCCUAACGUGCCACAGCAGCUGCUUCCUUAAAUGGAAGCUCCUUUUUUUCUCCCUGUCCUAAUAUGCCCAUGCAUUUUGUCACCAAAAAGGCUUCAGGACUUGCUCCUCAGGGUUGCCUGGUUUUGUGUGCAGAGAAAAUGAUCUGCUGCUUUGUAAUUGGCACCAGGAAUUUCUAAGAGUGGUCAACACCAGGCAAUCCCUGUCAGAAUGGCCCCUCAGCUAUCUGUAAUUAGACCACAGCUUUUUCCCUCAGUGAAGAAAGAUGGCAGAUGGUUUGAUAAAUGCCUGCUUGACCUGUUCCACGAACUAAAUGCAAUGAGUUUGGAUUUCCAGGCUAUUUAUGAAUCCAUUAAUCUUCUUAAAAGCUAAAUUCAUCUCUGUAUUAUGAAAGGCUGUUUUUCAAACCCAGUCCAGCCAAAUGCUGUAGAUGCACAUUAUGUUAAGGAUGCUUCUACAGGAGCAGUGCUUCAUCCUGUCAGGAAAGGUUUGUCAAUAGGUUUGACACAGUCAGUGGCACAGUGGGAACAAAAGGUCAUGUUUCACUUCCUGUAGGAUGGAUGUUCGAUGGGUGAGUUGUUUUAUGACCCAUGCUUUCAUUUUCUGUGCUGAAAUACAUUAGAGCUGAGGAUUGUCUUCCUGUGUAAUUGAAAGAGUAUGGCUUUCAAGUUAAUUAUUGCUUCAGAUAUGCUUCUUUAUCUGCAAGAAUGGCAGAUAGAUUAGAGCUGAAUGUGAAAUGCCUGAAAAUGGCAGAGAUUCCUCUGUGAAGUAAAGGACAAGGAGAGUGUCUGUGAUAUACUGCAGCAUGACCAUAGAAAUAUGGAACCAGAGGAUUAUAGAAUCAUAGAAUCACCAAGGUUGGAAAAGACCCCCAAGAUCCAGUCCAACCGUCCAUCAAUCGUCAAUAUUCUCCACUUGCCAUGUCCCUCAGUACAAUAUUUACACAGCUCUUGAACACUUAUAGGGACUGUGACACAACCACCUCUGUUCCAAUGUCUUACUACUCUUUCAGAGAAGAAUUUAUUCCUAACAUCCAACCUGAACCUCCCCUGGUGAAACGAUGCCAU